CCUAUACAACUCCUAUCUCAUUGUUAACGCGCUAGACUUUCACAAUGCCCCUCCUCCUCUCCUUCACUCCCACUUCUCCCCUCGCUUGCCCCCACUCCCUUACGAUCACCAGCCUCCUCUCACCAAAACCCAGAAAAUCUCUGCGCGUUUCGAACCCGAUCUUGGACAGGUCAUUGUCAUUGUUUUCCUACCUUCAUGUGUUGCCUCCGGACUUUGCGCAGAGAUGGAGGAAUCUUGUUGAGACUUCGGAGGAGGCAGAGGCGAGGCUGUGCCAGAUUCCGGUUCAUCUGGUUCAGGCUGUGACCGCGUCGGAGGACUGCAGGUUCUUCUACCAUCUUGGGGUGGAUCCGCAUGGGAUCGGACGGGCUGUAGUGAAUUAUCCUAACGGUGGUGGAGGGAGCACCAUCACCCAACAGCUGAUGAAGAGAAUCUUUUUGUCGAGUGAAAGAACAAUGUCAAGGAAAUUCAUCGAGGGAUUGUUGUCCUUGAUAGUGGAGAAGAGAAUGUCCAAGAGGCAAAUACUGUAUUCAUACUUAAGCAAGAUGUACUGGGGACAUGGCAUCUUUGGAAUUGAAGCGGCAUCUGAGUUUUACUUUGGAAAGCAUCCUAAUUUUCUUGAUGUUGGGGAGUCUGCAUUACUGGCUGGAAUAUUGCCUGGUCCUGAAUUUCUCAAUCCAUAUACCAACCCUAAGAGAGGAAAACGCUCCCAAGUCAGGGUAUUGAGAAGGAUGGUAGCAUCUGGGUUUCUGGAUUUGGAUGAAGCACUAGAUAUUGCAAACCAACCUCUUUAUUUGCGUACUGAAGUGAAGACGAAUCGCACAGGCGAGGCACAAAUGGCAGGGAGGACAUGAAGACGACUUCUAAAUGUGAGGACAAAUAAUUGAGUUGUUCAAGUCAGAAUAUCAUUUUUCUUAUUGGGGUCUAUUUGAAUAAUUGUGGAUUUUGAGUUCGCAUCGUUGAGCUUUUGUAUGUGGUUCUGUUUUCUAAUUAAUUUUGAAUGAUUUCAAAGGGCUAAAUUUCACAAAAAAAAACC